UCGUACGCAUCCGUCGUGUCGCCGGCGUUCGGAACUGCCGCAUUGUGCCAACGCGUAACUUGUAACACGACCAUGUGUUUACCAACUCCGUAUCAAAUCAACUGACGUGCCAAAAUAUUUCGUGAUUUGUUGCACUUACCCGGAUUCCACACUAAGACGAGUUCAGCCUAAUGUUGGGAGGUGCGUCACCCUGGUGCCAUGUGGGCGUACAUCAUAGCGGCCGCAAGGGGAGACUCACGACACUCUAUACAGAAGCGUAAUUCCUCUGCCAACGCUUCAGACGAUCAUUUAUACUCAUACCGUGAUGGCAAAGUAUUUACUUUGUCAAGUUCAACGGGAUCGAACCCCGGCCCUUCUGGACUAAACUCCCGGGACAUGAACAAAAGCCCACGGUACCAAUACAAAAAGCCGAUAGCGACCUCGACAAUCAGCCCGUUGCACGCGCGUAGUGAAUAUAGAAAUCAGCUUGAAGAAGGCAUCGAACCUUUCGAGGAAGCAGUGAGUGAAGCCAACACAAAUACCAAUUGGGUGCAACGACAAUUAUCGCGAUUAGCUCGCAAUCUUCGGUAUCGCAUCAGCGGCGAAGGACGUGCCAAGCCACCAGAUUGGUUCCUAGACAAGUUCGCGGCUCAAACUUUCACAGAUCCUGAAGAACCGCUCUAUCAGGCUAAAAGAUCAAAGCUACUAUGCGGGCUGAAACUGGCUUUCGAUCCUACUCUCCCGGCUCACUAUCACUGGUUGGCGGUGGUUUCAUUGGCCAUCCUCUACAAUGUGGUUUUCGUCAUUGGCCGUGCCGUAUUUUGGGAAUUGGACAAUUUGACUUCAUUCUGGUUUGUUCUUGACUAUCUAUGCGACACCAUCUACCUUAUCGACACCAUUGUACAUGUACACGAAGGUUAUUUAGAACAAGGACUCAUGGUUAAAGAUUCUAAAAUGUUAAGGCGACACUAUCUGAAAUCAGAUUCAUGGCGAUAUGAUCUUAUAUCUCUAUUACCCACUGAUAUCGCCUAUUACUGGUGGAGACCUGGAACAUGUGAUUAUAAACGUUUGCCGUGCCCUGUUAUUGUACGUCUCAAUCGGCUAUUUCGCUUGCCUAGAAUGUGGGUGUGGUUCGACCGGACUGAAACCGCUACUAGUUAUCCGAACGCUUUCAGGAUAUGCAAGGUCGUUAUGGCGAUACUUGUUCUUAUUCACUGGAACGCAUGCCUUUAUUUUGCUAUAAGCUACGCAAUAGGAUUCGGCACGGACAAUUGGGUUUACAAUUUAACUGGCGCCCGUAAUGAGUCGCUCGCUCAUCAAUACAUUUACAGCUUUUAUUGGUCUACUUUAACUCUCACUACUAUUGGAGAAACGCCACAACCAGAAAUCGAUGCCGAGUACUUAUUUGUUGUAGCAGAUUUUUUAGCUGGAGUUUUAAUUUUUGCUACAAUUGUAGGAAAUAUUGGUUCAAUGAUUUCUAAUAUGAACGUAGCAAGAGUAGAGUUUCAAAAUAAAAUGGAUGGCGUCAAACAAUAUAUGGCAUUCAGAAAAGUUAGUGGUGAAUUAGAAGCAAGAGUUAUUCGAUGGUUUGCCUAUACAUGGGCUCAAAGUGGAGCAUUGGAUGAAGAAAAUGUGUUAUCUUCCUUACCUGACAAAUUAAAAGCAGAAAUAGCGAUCAGAGUCCAUCUGGAUACAUUACGUAAAGUAAGAAUAUUUCAAGACUGUGAACCCGGUCUCUUAGAAGCACUCGUGUUGAAACUUCGGCUUCAAGUUUUUAGUCCAGGAGAUUAUAUUUGUCGCAAAGGUGACGUAGGUAAAGAAAUGUAUAUUGUUAAAAGAGGAAGACUUCAAGUAGUUGCUGAUGACGGAAAAACAGUUCUCGCAACUUUGAGUGCAGGUUCUGUAUUUGGAGAAGUAAGCGUUUUAGAAAUUGCUGGAAAUCGUACUGGCAACCGACGAACUGCUAAUGUUCGUGCUUUGGGCUAUUCAGAUCUAUUUUGUUUGGCAAAAAGAGAUCUCUGGGAAGCUCUUGCUGACUAUCCCGAUGCAAGGACAACACUCACUGAACGAGGCUGUCAGUUAUUACGAAAGGAUGGUUUACUCGAUGAAAAUGUAUUUGAAAGUGCACAAACUACACAGCAAAGCCUAGAAGAAACCGUGCAGAAGCUUGAAAAUACUGUAGAUAUGUUAAAUAAUCGCUUGCAAGGAUUGCUGACUGAUGUUGGUGAAGAACAAGCAAAAAUGAAUCAAAGGAUAAACAAAAUAGAAGUCAGAGUGUUGGAUGCAGAAGAUGAUGCAACAGAUUCCGAUGACAUUACGUCCCUAGAAGCAUCUGAAUUAAGAAGUGAAGUAGUGAGAUGCGGUGAUGUUUCUGGUUACAGUGAAAUGCAAGGAAGUUCAAGUCAUGAUACUUCAAUGUUUCUUCUUAACAACCCUGUUAUUCCUCUUCGAGAACGUGGGCAUUCGCUUAGUGUAGAAAGGUCUCCAGGCUUACUAAAAUUAUCUCCAGAACCGCGUAGUAAAUCAUUGCGUUUAAAAAGAUUUCAUAAAGACACGAAAUGAAAACAUGUACACAACGCAACAAUACGGAGCUUUAGAUCAAUAUAAAUUUUCUGUUAUGAUUUUUCCUUAUUUUUUGAAGAUUUAAAAAUAUUAUUUUUGAUACUAAGAAAGAAUUUUAAAAACGAAAAUUUUGAGAUAUGCGUAAAUGAAUUAUAUAAAUAAAAAAAGGAUGAUCACUUCAUAUCUAAACAAAUAUAGGCAUGACUUAGUACAGUCGCCGUUAUAAAUGUAUUAAUGUAGUUGUUGUAAUGUACUAGAAGCGGAACUUAUAAGGCGGAACUUAUAAAAACAAUACUUUUUAAAUUAUUUAUUAAUACUGCCUUAUUGCAGUAUAACUUAUGUCGUUCUCAUUAAUAGACAUAAGUGCAAAGAAAAAAUUUUGAUUAGAUAAAAGUAUAUAGUCAAAUAAUUGACAGUAAAUAAAGAUAAAUAAUAACAGAUCUCCAUCACAACUUGACUUUUCAUUUCACAACAUUUGUAGACUUUUUUAUAUAUAAAGUACAAGAUGGCAAACAAGAAUACAGUCCGUGUGUGGGUAAAUGGUAAAAGACUUGAAAAGCUAUAGGUACAGUUGAAUUCUGAUGGUGGAAAGUUUUAAACUAAUUGGAUUAAGAUUGCAUAGUUAUAAGGAGGUUGUGUAAAAUUGAAUGCCGAUAACAAUUUUAUAGAUUUAAGUUUCCGUACAAUUCUCCUAGAGAUGUGUCAAAUGUAUUUCUCAUUCUUUGACAAAAUAAAUUUAUUAGAAGAGAUAAAUAAACGAGCUUUCAUGUUAAGGUUCUUAUUAUAUUUCAAUGACAAUUGGAAAAUUGAUUAAGUUAUUGAUUAAUCACUUAAUAAGGAAAUUAAACAUUAAUACCAUAAAAAAUAAAUAAAUGUCGUGUUGUAGCAACAAAUAAUGUUAACAAUGUUAGAAACAAAAAUAUUGUCAAUAGAAUAAAUAUAUAAAGAGCAUUCUAACUGAUUAUACAAAAAGCAAACUGAAUCGAAAUUUGUAUUACUUAAAUGGGUAAGAAAAAUAAAUGUCAAAAAUCAAAACGCGUUGUAAGAUCUCUGUUUACUUAUAAUAAAUGAAUAAUCAAGUUUCUAAGUAGGUAUCAUUGUUUGGGAUUGUGACAAGCUCGAUGAUUGGAUGUAAGAGAGUCAAUGGCUUACGUUUAUAAAAAUAUAUUUAUAAUCAUAGUUAUAUUUCAAUAUAAUAAUAAUUGCAAGAAGUGAAAAACAGCAUAUUUAUAUGAACUUAACAUUUCUUAAAAGCUAUAAAUUCAAGCUCAUUUUAACAUAAUUAAAAUUACAUAAUUAUUUUAUUAAAUAAACCAUUAUGUAUGAACACUAAUAUUACUAAGUACUUGUCAAGUUAAAAGUAUAGUAACUUCAGCAGACUUCAAAAAGUGGUGCAUUUCUUUAAAAAAUAACGGCAGACCAAUAUCAAAUUUAUUAAAAAUAAGUUUAAGACCGUUUAUUUAAUUAUUACUGUUAGUUUGACCAAUUGACUUUUUUGUAUAUUAUUACUAUUUUUAUUUAUUGUAUUAUAACAAUAUUCUAUCGUAAAAGAAACUCCAAGUGUUGACGUUAAUUUCUUACUUUUUUAUGGCAAUUCUUUCAAACUUCUCAUUAAAAAGACAGAUAUUUUGAUUUAUUUUUUCACUCGGUGAACGUUUCAAAUUUUUAAAUGUAGCAUAUAGUUACAGACAAAUAUCUUCGAAGUAUUUUUAAAUUAGGUAUACUGUAUUACGGAAUAAUGGUAAAAAAUAAGUACGAUUGUAAUACUGAUGAUGUUGACUAUAUUUAGCUAUAAGUAGUGGUAAUUUAUGGAAAGCGUAUAGUGUAUAAAACAAGUGUCAAUGGGAUGUAGCUUUAAGACGUGAAAGUGCUGUAAAUAAAAGUACAUAGACGUAUAAGUGAAGGAUUGAUUUUUAUAUGGAAUUUAUUAAUUCUGAACUAGAUAAUAGAAAAUUGGUGAUUUGUGUACGUGUUUGAUAUUCAUGUUCCUUAUAAAGAAGGGACUGAUUCGUAAUCUGUAAUCAUACUUGUACUAGCGAUAGUAAGUAGCAUAAAUUAUUAUACAAAAUUCUAAUUUUAAAACUUAUCUGACAGUGGGUGGGUAGUAAAAUGUUCUUGCUUAAGACAUGUAUUGGAAUAGUCAAUUACAUAUUUUAAUAAUACCCUUUCAAUAAUAACUGUAUGAAAGUAACAACAUUUUUUUAGUUUCAUAUGUUUAUUUUAGUACCUAUCUAAUUUCAAAUAUUUCUCUGUUUAAGAGAAAAUGCUAAAAAUGCAAUCAAUUUUUUUAUAUCCAAUAAUACGUUAGAUAGCAAUCCGUGUGUAAAUAUUAUUUUCCUUGAUUCAAGUAUUUUUUAUUCCAAUAUAAUAUUUAUAACAAACCCACUUGGCCAAUAUAAAUAAUAAAAAAAAAUUGGGUUGAAAUCUUAUAAGUAACAUUGUACCUGUAAUAUAUAGAUAAUAUAAUGUUUAUGUAAUAGUAAAUGUGAACUAAUAUUACACUUGGUUAGAGAAAGUGAGUUCUAUUCAGACUUUAUGUCAUUUAUUAAGAUAACCCUUCAUUUAUUUCACCCACAUAUCGGAAUCUUAUCAUUUUCUGAAUUAUUGGUAAGUUCCCGAUAUCUUGGAUGAGUUGAGCUUAUAGUGAAGGUGAGAUCCCGGUAUACAAAUCAAAUCGAAGUCAUCAGUAUCUUUUUAUAGAGUUUUCAAAAGGAUGUGAGCGUCCCGUACUUUGUAACCUUAUAUCUGGGACGCGCCGUAUUUGAGAAAGGAAAGCUUAAAUUUAACCUGAUAUCUGUGAUGCACCAUAUUUGAGAAAGAAACGCUUAAACUCUUACUCGAUAUCUAGAACGCGCCGUAUUUGAAAAAGGGAAGCUUAAAGUUUUAUGUUUCAAGGAGAUAGAAUCCUCCCCCAGAAGGACGCCAAUGAUUGUUUCAAGCUGUACAAUUUUCAUUAUUGAACUUGAAAAGAAAAAUACUCACUGAACAAACAAAAUGCUUAUACACCUAUCUAAAAACCGUAUUACAAUACAAAGAAAUAAUUAAAAAAGAAUAUUAGAAAUACAAAGAAAUAAUUGUUCAUUCACAUGUGAUGCCAAUAUCUAUCAACCGAUCUAAAGUACGCAGUUUAUAAAAAAUCAUAGAUAGAAUAUACUAUUAUUUUUAUUUACUAUUAAGAAGCUAAAUUAUUAGAAUUAUCUAAUAAGAUUAUGGAUAUCUCGAUAAUAAAAGACAAAAGUGAAAUAGUUUAUAACAGCUAUGAAUUCGGUAAAAAAAUGCUGUUAAAUAAACAAUUUCUAAAUAAACUAGAUAUUUCCUUUUCCUCUGUAAUUUACAAUUACUAAC